UCUAUUGUUGGGCGUGAGCAGGAAGACAAGAUCUUAUUGGACCACGUGGCAAAGCAUGGCACACACAAUUGGUUACAUGUCAAAUCCAUGGGUCUGCUGCCCACACGAAAUCACAAGGCGUGCUGCAACCGCUAUAUUCUGCUAAAGAGGAAGCUGUCCAACGUACGUCAGCUCACACGAGACAUGGACGAGGCUGCAAAGGCGAUGAUACCUGCUGUGCCAAAAAUGCCUGCUGUGCCAACAAUGCCUGCUGUGCCAACAAUACCUGCUGGGCCAACAAUACCUGCUGGGCCAACAAUACCUGCUGGGCCAACAAUACCUGCUGGGCCAACAAUACCUGCCGGGCCAACAAUGCAUGUGCCCACCUUGCCUACCGUGCCAACGGAGACUGCUGAUGAUGGCUUGACACGAGACACGGUGGUGGCUGCGAAUGCUGGGAUGGGGACAGCGACGAAAAUGCAGCAAGCUCUAGAAGAACGAGAUGGGUGUUUUCUCAGCACCUCAUGCUGCCAUCAGCAGGACUCAAACUGUCAUCAGCACCAUACAUCGUGUCCUCAGCUACAGCACAUAUCAAGUCAGCAGCUCACGUCAAACCAUCAACAAUGUGACAGGGAUUUAAACGUGGGUGAGAGAAGCUUCAUGAUGUCGGCGGUGCAGAACUCAACCAUGGCCCCAGACAGAGAGGGCUUGUGCAAGGGAGCUUCUAGUGAUUCAUGUGCAUCUGCUACACUUGAUCUUCAGAUUCGAACAGAAGUGACAGCAAUGAGCCAAGCCAAUGUGGAGGAUGAAGCAGCAGACGCAGCCAGUGAUGAGAUGAUGGUUGAAAUCUCAAGCGCAGCAGCCAUGUCCUCACACUCGCACUGCGGCUCAUCAGCCUCGCAACUGUUCACAGCACCUCUUCUUUCCCCACUCUAUCCUACUUUUCCUCUUAGUCUCCCUCGUGUUCGUCCCCCUACUCCCCUUCUUCCUCCUACUCUCCCUCCUACUCCUACUACCCCCAUUCCUACUCUCCCACCUCCGCUCCCUCUGCCGCGUGGAGAGAUGGAUCACGGAACCUCAUUUCUUGUCGAAGCACCUACCCAGGAAUUGAAGGGCGUUGAAACCUCAUGCUUGGUCGAUUCCCCAAUGCAGAUGUCUGAAGCCUUUCUGUUGGGUGACCUGCGUCAGCAGAUGCAUCGCAUACCUCAGCAGGAAAGUUCUUCACAAGCCAGCUGCACUUUGCCAUCUGAAGCGGAUCAGAGGCCAUGUGCCCACCACACAACACAGUGUGCAGUUUCUGCUGACACCAGCCAUAGACAUCAGCACCUACCCAUUGGGGAGGCUGCUGCUCAUAUGGCUCCUCCUCCAUCUGCUGAUGCGCCUCCUCCUCCAUCCGCUUAUGCACCUCCUCCACCCUCUGCUGAUGUUGCUCGUUUUCCUACUGCUCCUUCCCCCACUGCUCCUCCCCCCUCUGCUGCUUUCCCAUCUGCUCCGACCCCCUCUACUGCUUCCCCCUCUGCGGCAUCCCCCACAGCUCCUCUUUCAGCCGAUGCAGUUCUUCUCGCAUUUGCUGCUUCGCUCUCUACUGGUGCUCUCUCUCUUGGUCUACCUGGCCAGCGCUGUGCCGCCGUGGCUCCGAGAGUUAGCUCUGAUUGGCCCGCUGCUGCUGAUGCGAUUGCAUCGCUCCUCGUUCAGGCAGAGCUGAAGAGAAUCAAAGAUGCCCUACUGAAUCUAGCUCCGAUACCUCCAACAUUUGUUCAGGUUGCCGCGGCGGUUCAGGCUGCCCCAGCGGUUCAGGUUGCCCCAGCGGUUCAGGUUGCCCCAACGCUCUCGCGCCCCAACCCAGCCAACAUGAUGCACUCUUCCGCCCCUCUUUCAGCUCCUCUUUCCACCCCUCUCUCCACCUCACAACCAGCAUUGCUACCCAUUCCCCUGUUUCGUAUUCCACAACUGCCAUCACCACCUGCUGCUGCUGCUCCUGCUGUUCCUCCUCCUGCUCCUGCUGCUGCUACCUCUGCCACUACUGGUUCCCUGCUGCCUGGACCAUCUGUCUCUGCUGCUGUUACUCCGGCAGAGAUGCGGCUGAAGCCAGACGAGCUGUUUGAAGCAUGGUGCAAUGGGUCGUACUCCAGGGUGCUCCACAACUUCUGACCAAAACACUGGAGCUCCGCCCUACUCCAGAGCUCCACAGGUCAACAGCUCCACAGCUUCUGAAGCUCCGCUCCAAAAUUUUGAACCACGGGUGAACCCCUGCCCCGCCAUUUAUGAACAGCUAGUUGUGUCAGAUUCAGCUCGUCUCGGGCUCGUGUGGUUUUGCGCUGUGAAAGUGCUGCAUCACAUCAUAUGGUCCAUGCAGCUCUUUUUGGGUGAGAUUUUUCCUGGCAUGAGCAAGCAGACUCUUGAAUCGACUCAUAAGUUGCUUCUCUUGGUUUUUCACCGUGAAAGUGCUGCUGUCUCACAUCACAAGGUCCGUGCAGCUCUGUUCCGUUAAGUUUGUUCCUCGAGGGACGAGCAAGUUUUGGGGGAAAUUGCAUGUACUCCUUGCUGUGUAAGGCAUGUUUUGCUGCUACUUUAAUCACAA